GCGCUCCUCAGGAUGAGGCGCAGCUCGGCAGCCCUGCACAGAGCAGAUGUGCGGAGGGGAGGGAAAUGCUUUCGGCUGAACCCAAAAAGGUUUGACCAUGAGUACCCAGCCACACACUGUGACCAAGGCAGAGAUCCCUGGCCAUGUUCUUUACACCGUAGGAACAUGUGUGCUCAUUAUUGGCUCCAUUGGCAUCAUUGGAAACCUCCUAGUCCUCUACGCAUUUUACAGCAACAAGAAGCUGAGGACUCCCCAAAACUACUUUAUAAUGAAUUUAGCUGUGAGCGACUUCCUGAUGUCGGCUUCUCAGGCACCCAUGUGCUUUGUCAACAGCUUGCACAGAGAAUGGAUACUUGGAGACAUAGGCUGUAACCUGUAUGCAUUCUGCGGGGCUCUCUUUGGGAUAACCUCGAUGAUGACUCUGCUGGCCAUCUCUGUGGACCGCUACCUGGUGAUCACAAAGCCCCUGCAGUCCAUUCAGUGGACUUCCAAGAGACGCACCGUGCAGAUCAUCGCCCUGGUGUGGCUCUACUCGCUGGGAUGGAGCGUGGCUCCGCUCCUCGGCUGGAGUUCCUAUGUGCCUGAGGGCUUGAUGAUAUCCUGCACAUGGGACUAUGUAACCUACUCCCCUGCAAACAGAAGCUACACAAUGAUUUUAUGCUGCUGUGUGUUUUUUAUUCCCCUGGUAAUAAUAUUCCACUGCUAUUUAUCGAUGUUCCUGGCCAUAAGGCGUACUGGCAGAGAUGUUGAAAAGCUGGGAUCCUGCAGCCGGAAAUCCUACCUCUCUCAGUCCAUGAAGAAUGAGUGGAAGCUGGCAAAAAUUGCUUUUGUGGUCAUCAUUGUGUUUGUCUUGUCCUGGUCUCCAUAUGCUUGUGUCACCUUAAUUGCCUGGGCAGGUCGAGGCAACAGCCUAACACCAUAUUCCAAAUCUGUGCCAGCAGUUAUUGCCAAAGCUUCUGCAAUCUACAACCCCAUCAUUUAUGCAAUAAUUCACCCAAGAUACAGGAAAACCAUCCACAGAGCUGUUCCCUGCUUGAGGUUCCUGAUACGAAUAUCGAAGAAUGACCUCCUGAGGGGAUCCAUAAAUGAGUCAUCCUUCAGGACCUCUCUCUGCAGCCACCACUCUCUUGCUGGCAGGACCAAGAGCACUUGUGUUUCCUCUGUUUCUACUGGAGAAGCUACCUGGAGCAAUGUAGAGCUCAACCCUGUGGAGCCAGCUCAAGAGAAACUGAAGCCUCGCCGAAGUCAUUCUUUCUCCACAGGUGUGAGACAAGAGAAGAGAGACCUGCUCCCAAAGACCUGCAGCUAUGAUGCAGCCACUGCCCCAAAGGUUUCACUCUCCUCCAGUUCUUUGGAGAAGGUACUUGGGCAGCCUGUCCUACCCAGUCCCUCUGCAGCACUCAUGACCAGCUCCCUGAGAGCUGCUUCUCUGCCUGUCAGAUUGAAUAGCAGCAGUGUCACCAGUGGAGACUCAAGUACUUCCCAUAUGGCAGCUCAAGGAAGUCAAGUGAAUGGAAUUGUGGAUUCUCUGACUAGCAAUGCAGUCCCUCGCAUCAUCAUCAUUCCUACCUCAGAGACCAAUCUGUUUCAGGAAGAACUGGAAGAGGAAGAGACUGAAUUAUUCCACUUUCAUGACAAAAAGAGCAAUCUGCUGGACUUGGAAGGGCUUAGCUCAUCUAUGGAGUUCCUUGAAGCUGUUGAGAAAUUUCUAUCCUAAGUUUGUCAAAAGAAAACUUUCCAGUAAUUAUUUUCUUGGCAUCUUCUCCACUUAAUUAUACCAAAUAACUGAAGCCUUGUACGUUAGAUAAUCAGAUUUUUUAUUUAUUUAUUUUUAUAUAGUAGUCACUAGACAGCCUUCAGAUUUAUCUUUGUCCAAACCAGCUCAGGCAUGGAAACAGGCUUUCUUUCAGAUUGUGCUGCAGGAAAUGAGCAGUGGAAGAUCUGGCAGCAGGACCGAGUGGCAUUGGUCAAAGGAGGCCGCCUGAUCUGGUGCCACUGAUGGUGACACGGUGGGGGUGCCACUGAUGGGGGUGCCAGCAGAAGGGAAAAUGACUGACUGAGAGCAGGGUCAUCUGCUGAAUUCUUCUGCUAUCUGCAUGUGGAGCAGCAUUCCUGUUUUGGCAGCUCUGCUCUGGACAGUGAUGGAAAGCUUUGCGAGACCGCAGUGUCCACCAGCCCCAGCAGUAAGGCAGAUGGCUACAUGACCUCAACUAGAGUUUAAUCAAAUAAUUCUCAGCAUUGUUUUUGCUGUGUUUUAUUUUUUAAAUAGGCAGCAUGCUAAACAUAAGGAAAGAAACUGGUGGUUUUUCACUGGGAAGUGACUGAUUCCUAGCUUCCAAUCCUCUGAAGUUUAGUGGUAGAAAUCUGGAUUUUACCUCAGCAUUAGCAUGGUCACCUAAAUGUCAAAAUGCAAGGUGCUAUAUGCUAAAACAUACAGUACUGUAGAAGCAUUCAGAGUACCUUCAGAGUUACAGUCCUGAUUAAAUAUGUAUGUAUCCUAAUGAGUCUGUGAUUGAAAGGGUGAAUGCUCACAGCUGGCUUGACAAGUCAUUGACAAAAAUAAAGCCUUGGCUGCUGUA